AGUGCUAGCUUCACCGGCUCUCACAUCCACUACAUCGACUACGAUCGCAGCAUGCUGGCCAGCUUCAUGGACGACGACGCGCCUUCCAAGGCUCAGGGCAUGGUAAAAGGAGCAGGCAAUGCCGUGAGCAAGGCCUACAACCUGAAGCGGGAGCUUGUGGGGCCACGGAAUCGCACGGGCGACGGCCUCCAGCCCACCACUUCCAACGUGCACGAGAGCAACGUGGACGUGAACGGCAAUUACAUCGUCGGGAGCACCGCCACAGCUCCCAGCAAAGCGGACUGGCUCAUGCAGUCCCUCUGCUCCGCGCACCUGGAGGUGAGGCACCAGUGGGGAAAUGGCAUGGGCGUUGAGGACGACCUCUUCAUCACCAACGAAGAGUGGAUCUCUUACCCUAGGGACUCCAUGCCUAUUGGUUUGCCCGUGCAUGUCUUGAACCUGGCGACCGGAGAGCUUUGGGCCACAGCGGCUUUCACUCUCGGUGGCCAUGAGAAGGUGGUGGAAGUGAACAGCGGCCACAGGGACUACGUGGCCUUCGUGCCUUCAGGCUACAACGGUGCUUUCGGGCUCUCUGAAGACUCUGCUGUGCUCGCCGCCCGCAACGCCGCAUAUACCAGGACGGACGGCAAUCCAUACGUGUAUCCGCAGGACAUCGUGCCUACGAAGCUCUACAUCGGCAAGAAGAACACGGACAAGGAUGGCAAUGCCGAGACCACGGACUUCAUGGCCAGGAACGGCUUCGAGUAUGGCGCGCUCUAUGGCUUCGCGGUGGACUGCAACGCUGUGAAUCCUUCGCGAGACAGCUGGCACAAGUCAGCCUCUGCUGGUGACACCGUGACGGGUGCCUUCUACAAGCUUCGUUGGCAGGCGCAGCGGGGUGUGGUGGAGGGCUUCGAAAAAGACGGAAGCUGGGAGUUCCAGGAUGCUCCCGAGGGCGCUCCGGACGGCUGGUGCUUUUGGACUUCCGACGGCAAGGACAGUCGUGGGGCCAAGACGGAGCACGUGUCGCCAGACCCCAGGGGCGGCCAGCGCGUCUUGCAGGGCUCCACGGCCGGCUACUUCGGCAUCUACGAUUUCCAGGACCUGCCCACGCUUUUGUCAAGCGGCAUGCCGACCUCCAUCCCGGCGACCUACACGGUGCAUCAGCCCGAGUCCGACGUCGUCGACCUCAUUGAGCUGGGCGGCGCUGGCCUCCGUGCGGACGGCAACAACCAGACCAUGAUGCACGACAGGAGCAGGGACAAGACCACUUUCGAGGACCCGACGGAGGCCACCUCCCAUGAGUUCUCCGGUGCCUUUGACCUCUCCGGGCUGCUCCGCAAAGACGCGGCUGGCAACUUCGAGCUGACGGUGGGGGAUGUCACUGGCAAGAAGCGCGUGCUGGAGGAUCUGGACGACCUAGCGCCAUUAGACGAAGCAGCAAAGCUCGAGCUCAAAGGACAUUUGCUCGACCUCCUCAAGCAGGACUGGGUGAUUCCGAAGCCCGUCUUCACGGCCAUCUACGAGCCGGGGGAUGAGUGCGAGAAGCCGGCAGAGGAUUCUGGGAUCUAG